AUGGAUGGGGAUCUCGGUGGAGAGUCUCAUCAGGGCCCUCAAGCUGGUUCGGCCAUAGAUGGCUCAUAUACUGAUCCUGGCCGAGGAUCCCGGCCUACUGUACACAUGAAGUUCGGCUUGCAGGGUCGCCGAUCGGGCCAAACGGGGAAGGCGAUCAAUGAGCGCAAUGUUCGCAAUAUGUGA